AGAUAACACCUCUCCCAUGUAAUUAAAAGUUAAACGCUUCCUCUCUCUCUCUUUCUCUCGAUAUACUUCCUCCGUUUUUUUAUAUAUGAUGUUUAAGGUUUUGCAUAGAAAUUAAAAAGUUAUUUAAUUUUUUCUUUUUCCAAAACAAAACAUUAAUUCCAAAACAAUUCAACCAAUAGAAAAAUAAUAUAUAAAAUAAAACAAUUACUUUUUGCAUUAAUUUCUGAAAACAUUAUCUAAUUAUGAAUAAAAAAAUUUCUAAAACAUCUUAUAAAAAAAACAGAAGGAGUAUAUAUCAACAAUCUUCAGAAUUCUUAUGUUGCAACACAGUUUUUGAUGAAGCAAGGUCUUUGGGUUCAAUAAUGUAUUCAAGCGUAACUUCAUCAACUCUACAGAGCUGGAGAGAACGUUCUCCUUCUUCCUAUUCACUCAAAAUUCAAAAACUUCUCUCAACUCCAAAAAUCAACUCCCUUCUCCGAAGAAAAAUACCAAUCAAGUCGUUUCUCCUCUGGUGGAUACAACUGUUAAUUGCUGGCACAACAAAACAAAUAAAGGUUUGGGAUACUAUCAGUUUGUGUCGUUAGAUGAACUUUGAAAGGCUUACUUGGAUAAGGAGGGCACUUUGAUUGUAGAGAUCGAAUUUCAUGUUGUUUCUGAAACCAAAUUCUCUCACCCAUGAUUCAAGCUCUACUUUUAGAAUUUCAGUUAUUGCUUUUUAGACUUCUAUGAUAUGUUGAUAUGGUCUCAUAUAUGGUUUUUUUAUCUAAAAGGGAUUUUUUGUGAAACAUUUCUAUGGAAGAGGAUUACAUUUCACGAUGGGUUGUAGCAUUUCCAUUCUUGUUCUCAUACAUUAAGGUCAUCCAUGGAAACUAAAUACUCUCACUCAUGAUUUAAU